AUGGCGUGCGGGGCCACCGAGCUCGCAUCCGUCGAGCACUCGAGUGGGGUGACGCGCGACGCGAGCGCGCGAUGGAUCGUGUGCGCCGACGGCGUCGACGCGAGCGAUGUUAUUCGCGAGCUCGACUCUGUGUGCGAGAGCGUCGAGGCGGGUUCGGCGCGUGUGCGCGCCGUCGGCGGCGCCCUGCGCGCGUUGGCCAAGCGCGCGUCUCGUCCGUUCGCCGUCGUCGCCUUUGAUAACGAGUCGAGGAGAGGUUUGGCGGUUCGCCAUCACCGCGCGUCGUGCGUGCGUUACGGUCACGACGAAAACGGCGCGCUCGUGCUCACGAUUGGCGGUACCUUUGAUGACGCCGCGCUCGACCUGGAGGAACUCAGCCCUGGGCGCUUCGUCUUCGGACACGGCUACGUCAAGCCGAUGGAAUUCGGGGAGUUCUGGGCGAGUGCUCGCGCCAACCGCGCGGGAUCUCCGGCAAAAUCGGCGACGAAGCGCUACGAACCGAUUCCGCGAUCUCCGCUCGCGCCGAAGAAGGUUCAAGGGGAGGUCCCGCGCUUGGCUCCGGCGUCCGCCGACGCGUACGCGCCGCCAGCCGUGCGCGCGGCGAGAAAGGCUGCCGAGGAGCGCGCCAAACUUGAGGCUGAGGUCGAAUCUCGCAGAAAUAGCGAGGCUGUCGAUCGCGAAAUCGCCAUCUCGCUUCAAAAUCAAGAGCGAUUGGCUUCGGCGCUCGGCGGCGCGCUCACGUCGGCGCUCAUGUCCGCCGUAUCGCGCGCAAGUCUCUCGACGGAACAAACGUUGUUGGAGGUAUCUCGAUUCCAUGCCGCUCGUGCGGGUCGACAAAACGUCGAGGCGGUUUCGAGCUUCUAUUCGCCCGCUCCGAGCGACGAACGGAAGUCCUUCGACACGUGCGCCCGAGUGUCCAUCGACAGCCGCAGAGGCUCGGUGGAUUCACGCCUCGAUCGCCGUCGCGCCGCCGCCUAA